AUGUCUUCAUCGUCCCGCUCACUGUAUAUCACGGUUCUAGAGCGUUGCAGCCUCAACCAUCCAUUAAGUAUCCAAUUGUUUGCGUUAUGCUCCUUGGUGCCUCUAGUCUGUGUCUUAUUGUUCUCGUUGGCUCCAUGGUUUGAUGACGAAUCUUUGCGUCAUGUGAGCGAAUUUCAGGACUCUAUCGCUAUCGAGUCCAACUCGUUUACAGUCGACCACUUUGUAGUGUUUAUCGCCAUCUUACCACCUACAAUUUGGCUGCUUUUAGUCCAUAUUGCAUACUCGGAACUCAACUUUGCGCUGCAAUUUUUACGAGUCACCAAUUGCCUCACCGUGAGCUUUGCUCUCACCGUGUUAUUAGCCGAGUUUUUAUCCAGUAGAGCCAUGAUAGCUUUGUUGGCAUUGAUGUAUGCUCUACUGGGGCUCAUGUACUCAUGGUGUGUUCCCAUAUGGAGAUGGUAUCAAGAAGAGGCACGUCGGAAGGGGUUAGUAGGAUUCCUACCUCAGUUCAUGCAAAAACUUUUACUGCAGACUUCACUAUUGGAGUGGCUCACGGACACUAGUUUGUCUGACAAACUCGCUCCUGUUUUACCAUUUUUGUUGCCCUUAACAAGAGCAGAGCAGAUGAGAUUGAUGGAGCAAAUGUCCCCCGAGUCGCAAGUCAUGAUGACCAAGCCAGGACUUAUGCCGUUGCUACCAGAUUUAGUGCAAAAAGUGUUACUACCAGUGCAGGACAGUGACAGUGAUGGCAGCAGUCACAAGAAAGGUGAAGAGGUUAAUGCAAGUGCGAGCACGAUGGAACAGAAUCAAGUGUUGACGAGCCCAAUCUCAACGACUGCAGGGUUUGAUUUCCAUCGGCCAGAUGUGGUUGGAAGUGUACGUACGUUACCUUCUCGUGAACAAGUUUUAAACGAGAUUAUGACGUCUUGGGUGUGGAAUGGAUGCAAGAAGCUCAUGAAAGUACCGACUGCGAAGGUAUUGAACCGCACGGCAGCAAUGUCAAGUGCAUUGUUAGUAAUGCAAUUGUAUGCAUCGCGUCGAAGUCGAACGUUUUGUUUAGCACUUGUCCAAUUGGUAGCAGCGUCGGCAUUAAGCUCAGUUGCCUGUUGUGCCAUUUUCUUGCGCUUGGUCCAGUACCUGGAUACAACAUGGACUUCGGGUCGUGCCAUGCCGUUACUACGCUAUGCACGAUAUUAUUUGUUACGUCAUGGAAACGCAGGAAUAUUUCAAGUUUCUGAUCAACCGGCCCAUGGCGUUUCCAUGAUGCUACGUUCGACUGCUUCAUCAGUUUCAAUAGUGCUUGCUAUGGUGUACUUACUUCGCAAAUUACGACGCUAA